ACCUAUACACACUACUUCAUCACGUAUUCAAAAUGGCGUGCUGCUAGUGAACGAAAAACGCAGUUAAAAUUUAUAUUCGACGUAGUGCUAAAUUUAUCAUUCCUGUUUCUUUAUGUUGUGAAUUUAAUAUUUUGUUAAAAAAGCAAAAAAUAUAAAGAGGUUAUGACACUAUUCCCGUGUGUGUCAUUUUAGGAAGUUCGUUAGUAUAUUGAUAAUCGAGGUACGGAAUUAAUAAUGCAGGAAAUCGUCCUAGCAGCCUUCUCCGUGAUAUCGAGUCUACUCAUAGUAUUUGGCCUGGUGCUGCUGGGUAAGAACGACAGAUAGUAACGUUCCGUUAUUGCUGCGCGGUAUGCAGAGUGUUUCGAAACAUUGUUAUCCGACCUGUCGAAUAGUCAUAUAGUUCCGAAGUUGAAGGUUGGUAUUUAGUUUGGAAGUUUUUCCUUUCAAGAUUCAGGUUUGUUCGAGAACUGUUGGGUGGUAUGAGUGAAUCUUCACCUGUAAAUGACUUAAAGAAUGGUAGAUCUCGUAUGAAAAAAAUUCGCAAAGAUUAAAGAUUAAAAUCAGAUUUAUAAAUUUGAAAAAAAAAAGUGAUUAGUAAUAAGAAAAAAAAUAUAUCAAAAAAAAGAGAAUUGACCAAAAUUGUCUUUCAUUUAUAUAUCCAUAACAUUAUAAGUAAUCAAAAUGUCUAUAAAUAUACGCUGUGCUACAACAGAUGAUUUGUUGAAUAUACAGCAUUGUAAUUUGCAAUGUCUACCAGAAAAUUAUCAAAUGAAAUAUUAUUUGUAUCAUGCUCUUUCUUGGCCACAAUUAAGUUACGUAGCAGAGGAUGAAAAAGGCAGAAUAGUGGGCUAUGUUCUUGCUAAAAUGGAAGAAGAUUGUGAGGAUAAUCCACAUGGACACAUCACGAGUUUGGCAGUAAAAAGAUCUCAUAGAAGGCUUGGUAUUGCUCAGAAACUUAUGAAUCAGGCUUCUAGAGCAAUGGUUGAAUGUUUUGGAGCAAAAUAUGUUUCUCUACAUGUUCGUAGAAGUAAUCGGGCAGCUUUGAAUUUAUAUACAAGCAGUUUGCAAUUUGAAGUAUCAGAAGUCGAACCAAAAUAUUAUGCAGAUGGAGAAGAUGCUUAUGCAAUGAAACGCGAUCUUAGCAGCUUUUACAUGGAAAAAAAUGCAAAAGAAAAAACAAACAAAGAUGGUAAUACACACAUACAUACUGGCAGAUGCUGUGAUCGUUCAUAGUCAGAUUGGGAUGUUCAUCUAUAAUUAUUAGGUUGUUGAUGAUUUUUUGCAUCAUUAAUUCCAUACUGAAUUUAAUCAUAUAAUAUGUAUUUUUCAUAAAUGAAUUUUCACGGAAAAUAUAUGAAAUAUCGAUAAGUCAAGCAUCAUGGCUUGAAUGUUUAAUAUACAUAUUAUCACUAUUAAAAUUUUGCAAACACUUAGGAUAUUUGUGUUCAUUUAAGCCUUAUCUAAGACAUAUGAAAUGUUUUAUAUGUUAUUACAAAAAGGUGUACUUGUUAAUAAUUAUACAGGGAAUAGGAGAGAGACUUCUAAAUAAUGUAUGUACUUCAAUGCAAAUUGAGUUAAAAAGUUUCUAAUAAAUGUAACAUUGCGUGUAGUUAAUUGAUAUACUAUGUUAUUUAAGACCUAUAAAUCUUAAUAUAAUAAUAAAGAUAAUGAGCAGAGAUGAUAA